AUGCAUGGCAAGCGUGAUCGCCGCAUCGGCGACGGUUAUCCUCCUGGCUUCACAUCUGAGAGCCUGAAGCAGGAUAUAUGCGUUCUGCUUGAUCACAUCCAUGGUUUCUACGAGGCCGCGCUCGAUCAGCUCCCGACGCCCUCGCUCGCGCCGCGCCUCCUCGAGGCCGGCAUGUGCAUCGGCUUCCUAGACCCAGUGUCCAACAUCAUCGCCAACACCAUCGCCUACACCCAUUCACGUCCACCGUCGCCUACACCCCUCCUUAGCCGCUCCGACGAGGAGGGGACGCAGGAGUCGUCGAUCCUCUCCAAGAUCAUCACCGACACGAACGACAAAUUCGUCUUCCAAGUACCGCUUUCCCGGCACAAAGCAGAUGGUAUGACCAUCGCGCGGCGAUCGCUGGACGGUCUUGUGACCUUCCUCACCUCCCACUACCGCUAUCUCGCCGGUUCGGAAGCCCUGCGCUACCUGUGCCUUGCUAGGGCCGACCUUCUCGCCGCCGUGCGCCUCAUCGAGCGAGAUCGUAAUAAGAGGCGCAACGGCGAGCUCGCCUUCAGUGUUACCUCUCUUACCACCAAGGUCGCCUUAGAAUGUGCCGCCGUGUCCGCAAGGCAUCCUGAACCAGACAUCCUGGUCAAAGCGUCGCUGACAAUGGCCUCUCCCCUGAUCGAUGCCACCACGUUUCUUGCUGGGCAGGACCCUCUAUCUCCUGCAACCCUCGAGAGCCUCGCCGAGUUGCUCAGGCAAGGGCGUACGAGCAUGGAUCACAUAAACGGGCCACUGGAUCAUCUUCGAGGUAAGGAGAAGAACAAGAGGAAGAGAAAGAGAAACGGGCAUACAUCAGAACUCGUAGAGGAAGGGAGUAAGAACAGGCUGGGGUCUCAGUCGACAUUUAGAUACACGCAGUCUCUGGAGCUGUUGCUCCUCGGCAAGAUCCACGGGCUCUACUUACAGGCGCUUGCGAAGCUGCCUCGCGAUGGCCUGCGCAAGCGUCACCACUGCAGCCUCCUCAAGGGCGGAUAUUGCUACGGCCCCAGCAACGAUCCUGUCUCCAACAUCAUCCUCAACACCAUCUGUUACCUCCAGGAUGCCUACAGGCAAGCUGCGGUCGCUUCAUGGCACCCUGACCCCGACGCGCUGGUGACAUUUGCCACGUCUUCCUUGAACAUGGAGUCCGCCGAGUUGCUAGCUAUAUUAAAGCAGGGCACAUUCACGGACGGCGAGGUUGAAUGCAUUUCCAUGGUUCUGCCGCCUACAAAGUUCCAGAAGGUGGUGACCUCAAGCUCAUGGGUUUUGAGCAAAAAACAGACCAGGUUCAUUUCAGAGUUUCGGAGAAAAUUUAAGCACGACCAGAACUUCUUUGUCAAAAAGGUCAAUGCGGUGUUGAGCAACUACUCUCAGCAACAUGGGGUGCACUAUGAACUUCACAUCAUUUGCGGCGUGAAUCCGAAAGUACCUGAAGGGCCGAGUGUUGGCCCCCCUAAGAGGAAUUUCAAAUUUGAUUACUCCCAUAUCAACUUUUUGGCAACCGCCAAGGCACCAAACUCUGCCGUGACAGCUCCACAAUUGUUCUUCGCUCAAUGUAGCAAUAGUGUUAAGGAGACGCGGGAGAGACCAUCCUGGUGCACCCCUGUAUCCUAUUCGUGCAUAGAUCAUGUUCGGUGCUUCUCUUGUGAGUUCAACGGAGCAAAGAUUGUGCAUCCACAUGAUCAGGAGUAUUGUGGGUACUACAAGGAUUUCAUUCUAAUGGCUCAUAGCAAACAUGGCUUUAAGAAUGACAAUAUUAUCAAUUGCUGCCAUUUCAAUGGCGAUAAGAUGGCCACCCUGACAGAAGAUUUUAUCUAUUUUGAUCCCAAUAUGGACUCCAAGAUUGCAGAGAUGAAUCCAAUUUCUAGUGUGGCUAAGGAGUUGAGAGAAUGGGAGGGUAGAAUCUUCUGAAAUGCUUCUGCUUUUUAUUAUGUGACAUAAUGUGUUUUGUUGAUAUGAUGUUUCUUGGUUAACAAUUGCUCUAUUCAUAUGAUCUAUUCGAAACUGUAUGGAGAAGUAACCCUUGUA